AUGAGACGAGCAUGGAGGCCUGCUGGUCUGGCUCAAGGUGUCGUGGAGAGGGCUUUAUACCAGAAGAAAGUGGGACAGAGUUCAGCGGACAGCACAGAGGAGCAGCCAAAUGGUGACACCGACAUCCCGAGCCGAUGGAGGAGCCCUUCCCCCGCGGAGGCCCUGCUGAACGGGGACACGGCGGUGAGCGAGAACGGCACAGCGGAGCCUCCCCACGGAUCAGUGACCGGGAGCAACGGGCUGAUCCUGAGUCAGACGGACGCCAGUUUAUCCCCCCGCAGAGCGCACCGCCCCUCUGCACACACGGACACUAGCCCCCCCCCCCCUCCCGCCUCUGGGGACUCUGCACUAAGGACUGACCCCCCCUCGGAACCCAGGCCGUCGGAACCCAGGCCGCCAGAACCCAGGUCCUCGGAACCCAGGCCCUCGGGCUCGAAGAACGGACCCGCUGUUCCGGUCCACAGGGCGCGCAAAACCAUGACUCGGCCUGUCAGCGUCGCACAGAAGCUUCUCAACCGGGACGCCAAAGCUGACCAGAUGGACACGAAAGACUCGGAGCCGUCCACACAGAGCGAGCCGCUACCUCACCUCAGCCCCACGGAGCAGACAUCCACCCCCACCAUCACCACCAGGACCAGUGAACCCGCAGCAUCACAGACCCUUCCCUCUGCAGACCACGCCCCCUCCGCUGGCCCCACCUCCACCCCGGCAAAACUGCAACUCGCUCCCUUCUCCCUGGGGUCACGUAAGAAGAAGCGGCGGAUGGGCACUUACAGCCUGGUCCCCAAGAAGAAAUCCAAAGUGUUGAAGCAGAGAUCUGUGCUGGAGAUGUUCAAGCAGCUGGAACACACCGCCAAGUCCCCCGAGGCCAAACAAGAAAAUCUGAACGGUGAGAAGGUGGAGCACAUGUCGGAGGAGGAGGAGUCAGAGGUGGAGGAGUCUGAAGAAGAGCAGAAGCCUCCAGAGGAACCAGAGGCCCCUGUUCAAGAACCCACACAGGCAUCUGUCCAGCAGACCCCUGUCCUGGAGCCCACACAGCUCCCAGAGGCCCCUGUCCAGGUGGGAGAGGAGCGGGAGAGUGAGCAGUCUGCAGAGGAGGAUGCCGAGGAGGAAGGCACAGAGUCAGACCUGAGCUCCGGGUCCAGUGUGAAGAAGAAGCAGAAGCCCAAACUGACAGGGGACAAAGCCUGGUUGCGUCCAUCAAGGAAACGAAAAAGGAGACUAAAAGCAAAAGACUCUGAGCUGCCGGUUCAGUCCGUGAUCGGCCUGCAGCUCCAGUCGCUUGAGGAGACGGCGCCUUCUCAGCCCAUUGAGUCGAGUCAAACCAGUGAAUCCAGUGAACGCACUCAACCCAGUCCCCAACCGAGCAACGUGCCCGCCUCAAGCCCCCUGCCCACUGUGGAUCCCAGUGCGGAUCCCAGUCUGGAGAGAAGAGUGGAUCCCAGGCUGGAGAGCAAAGUGGAGCCCAGCGUGGAGACCAGUCUGGAGAGCAGAGAAGAUCCCAGUGGACCGAUGAGUGAGGACCUCAGAGCAGAAGAGGGUCCAGAGAGUGACCCACAGAAACCCCGUCGCCCCCGCACACCGCCUUCUGAUGACACAGAGAAGACAGACGCCAGCACUUCUCUCCAAGCAGCAGUCGACCCUCAGGAGCUGCCGCUGUGCAGCUGCCGCAUGGAGACUCCAAAGAGCAGAGAGAUCCUGAUCCUGGCCGACCGCAAGUGCAUGGCCACCGAGAGCGUGGACGGUCAGCUCAGCCGCUGCCAGGGCGCCGUGCUCAAACAGGAAAUGAUGCGACCGGCCAACUCUGUGCAGCUGCUGGUGCUGUGCGAGGACCACCGUGCCGGCAUGUUCGCCCACCAGUGCUGCCCCGGCUGCGGAUACUUCUGUCGAGCCGGAACCUUCAUGGAGUGUCAGCCGGAUGCCAGCAUCUCCCACCGCUUCCACCGCGCCUGUGCCUCGGUGCUCAAAGGCCAGAGCUUCUGCCCUCACUGCGGAGAGGAGGUGGCCAAAGCCAAAGAAGUGACCAUUGCUAAGGCCGAUACCACGUCCACUGUGCCCCCUGCCCACAACCCGCCCACCCCCAGCGCUCCAGAAGGGCGCGCAGACACCACCACCGGCAGCGUCUCUCGUCUGCCCCCGGAGGCCGAGCUGUGUACUGCAGACAGCUCUCUCUCAGUGCGCUCGGCCUUGGACUCCGCUGUGCCCACCCUGUCCCGCUCCUCGUCGGUGCAGAGCGGGACAGAGGGGCCCUUCUCUCAGCCAGGACACCCGCGGGAGACUCUGGAGAGCGUCCUGGUGGCUCUGGAGAACGAGAAGCCCAAGAAGCUACGGUUUCACCCCAAGCAGCUGUACCUCUCGGCCAAACAGGGAGAGCUACGAAGGGUGCUGCUGAUGCUGGUGGAUGGAAUCGACCCGAACUUUAAGAUGGAUUCUCAAAACAGGCGCACAGCUCUCCACGCAGCCGCCGAGUCGGGACACUUGGACAUCUGCCACAUGCUGGUUCAGGCGGGAGCAAACCUGGACAUGUGCGACGAGGACCAGCGCACGCCGUUGAUGGACGCCUGUGAGAACAACCACAUGGAGGUGGUGUGCUUCCUGCUGCGAGCCGGAGCCAGCGCCACACACAAGGACGCAGAAGGGUUCACGUGUCUCCAUCUAGCGGCCAAAUCCGGUCAUUACAGCAUCGUGGAGCAUCUCCUUUCCAUAGGAAUCAUAGACAUCAAUGAACAGGACGACGGCGGCUGGACGGCCAUGAUCUGGGCCACGGAGUACAAACACGCAGACCAGGUGCGGCUGCUGCUGUCGAAGGGAGCCGACAUCAGCAUCAGGGACAAGGAGGAGAACGUCUGUCUGCAUUGGGCAGCCUUCUCCGGGAGCGUGGAGAUUGCACAGCUGCUUCUAGACGCUCACUGCGACAUGAGGGCAGUGAACAUCCACGGAGACUCCCCUCUGCACAUCGCAGCCCGAGAGAACCGCCUCGAGUGUGUCACGCUGUUCCUGUCCCGUGGAGCAGACGUGUUCCUGAAGAAUCGCGAGGGGGAGACUCCUCCCGACUGCUGCACCCACAGCUCUAAAGCCUGGACGGCUCUGCAGGCCAGUCGCAGAGAGCGCAGCAUCCGCAUGAGCCAGCGACACAAGGUCCAGCACAGAGACAUCGCGUUGGGGCAGGAGGCAGUGCCCAUCCCCUGUGUGAACGCUGUGGACAGUGAGCUGUACCCUGAGGAUUACAAGUACAUCAGAGAGAACUGUGUGACAUCACCCAUGAACAUCGACCGCAACAUCACACACCUGCAGUACUGUGUGUGUAAAGAGGACUGCUCCACCAGCAUCUGCAUGUGUGGACAGCUGAGUCUGCGCCGCUGGUACGACCAGAACGGUUGCCUGUUGCCAGAGUUUUGCCGCGAGGAGCCGCCCCUGAUCUUUGAGUGUAACCACGCCUGCUCCUGCUGGAGGAACUGCAAGAACCGAGUGGUGCAGAACGGACUCAGAGUGAGGAUGGAGUUGUUCCGGACACUGAAGAAAGGCUGGGGCGUGCGGGCACUGCAGGACAUACCACAGGGGACCUUUGUGUGCCAAUACGUGGGCGAGAUCAUCUCUGAAGACGAGGCCGAGAUGAGGCAGAACGACUCCUUCCUCUUCAGUCUGGACGAUAAGCCCCAAGACCAGUACUGCAUCGACGCCCGUUACUACGGCAACAUCAGCCGCUUCCUGAACCACAUGUGCGAGCCCAACCUGCUGGCCGUGCGGGUCUUCACCACGCACCAGGACCUGCGCUUCCCACACGUCGCAUUCUUUGCCAGCGAGAGCAUCCGAGCUGGAGAGGAGCUCGGGUUCAACUACGGAGACCACUUCUGGGAGGUCAAGGGCAAAGUGUUCAGCUGCGAGUGCGGAUCCCCCCGGUGUAAAUACUCGUCCGCCGCGCUCGCCACGCUCCCGGCCGACAGCACGCCAGACACGCAGCCGGCCAGCGCCUCACCGGACACCAGCUCGACCACAGCGCCCUCGUAA